UUUUUGCAAUUUGUUGUUUUGUUUACAUAAAAACCAUAUGUAUCAGUUCUUGUUCAAUUGUGUUUUUACCUAUUCCAAGCCCUACAUUCUGGCAGUGGUAUACAGGAAAAAAAGAUGUUUUUAAGCUAUGAUAUAGGAUAGAUAGAUAGGAACUUGUGAGCGCUAUCUCAUCUUUUGAGAACAAUUGAUUUAUACUGUGAAAAUCAAUUUUCUUUUUAAAUGAUUAUAAUCAUCAGUGCAUCACUUAUGGAACGGGAAAUUUGCGAUAGUUUCGGAAUAGAAUCGAUUUAUAUGCAAAAAACAUACACUUCGUUGUCAACGCAUCAACUCGUUAUAGUUUCAUUUGAACUACUAGCAGAUGUAAAGUUUGGCUUUUAUUCAAAGGAACAUUAUGUAUGUAAUGUAUGUAACAAGUAUGUCACCAUCAAAACCAAUGCUCACAAUAACUUGAUGAUUGUUGCUGAUUCUAAUUAAAAAGCCAUUUGUACCAUAAUUAAUUGCUUCAAAAUAGAUUUGCUGUAAUUGUAGACGUUAUCGGAUUUGAAAGUAUAGGAAGUUAUGUACUAGUGAUGCAAAUUAGUGACACUCAUAAUGUUACUACUACCAAUUCGAGAAUGAACAAUAUUUGCAGAUCGAUGCUCGUUGAACAAAAGUUCAUAUGGCAACACUGAGUUUGUUUAACCAGAUGAGAGAAGUUUGACCAAGAGAGUAAAACUGUUUAUGCUUCGGAGAUGUAGUUGCUAGUGAAAGAUCACUAUACCAGCUACAUAAGAAAACAACAAUAACAAAGAAACAUAUUUGUGACUUUGACUAGUGCGAAAAACGAGCUGAACGGACGAGGAAAAAAAUUCGAGCUGGUGCAGUUCGGUAUAAUGUAAAUUUUCUUUUCCGUAUGCCGUUGAUGUAGUUGCAAUUUGGAGGAUUUGCCUGCCUGUAUGGCUGGCUGGCUGUCUGCCUGGAAUUUGAAACGAAUCAGCAAUGAAGCAUACAUCUGCCUAGCAAACCACAAAUACAUGCAGAUGAUACCAUCUUACAUUUUGGAAAGUACACGAAACAGAUGAGCACUUUAAGAAAAAAGUUAAAAUGUGAACAUUUUUGUUGUUGUAAUUCUUCCCACCGUUUGUUACGUUUGCUUGAGGUGUCAUCGCACACUAGGAUUCUUUCUCAAGAUUCUCAGGAACCCCUGAUAUGAACCACUUUGUCAUGGCCGUCUUGUCAGAACCAGUUUGGAACACUAGAGGUCAACCAACAAUUCAAAACAUAGGUGAUCCUCCUUCUGAUGUCACAACAGAUCGUAAUCUAGUAGCGACGACUGUCGGAGGAAAAUUGACAGUUACAGUUGCGCCUGGUCGUAUCGUAUAGGUUCGCCAGGACUUCGUUAGAAAAAAGAAAAGGUGUUAUCGUUUUAUUUGAAGAACUAUUUGAUGUGAUACGUUAUUGUACUGAAGAUGUCUGCGACGUCAUCUGUAAGUUCGACAUCGGCAUCCAGCGGCAACAGUAGUAGCAAUUCCGGUAACAUUCUAUCGUCCGCUUCUUCGAAUAUUGUUAUUUUGGAUAAUCAAGUGUUGGACAGUAACGAUGUGGUGGCCGCCGCAGGUCUUCAGCAGCUGUCCAAUGCGGGCACAAUGAAGCUGCCGAGGGAUUGUGCGGUGCAGUAUUCGAAUUUAAUCAACAGCUACGCAGCGAGUAGCAUUAAUAGUAGUAGCAGUGUUAGUGGUAGUGGUAGUAAUAGUGGAUCAACUAUUGUGGGCACCAGUAGUUCGCAAAUAAGUACAGUGAAUAUGAUUCCCGGGGACGCAAACCAAACUAGUUCCCGAGUACAGGUGCUCAGCAAUGUGCAGUUAGUGUCCAAAGGAGGCUCACAACCGUCUACGUUCAGUUACGUAGACGCUAGUGGCAAGAACUUCAAUGUUCUGACAUCCAGUGGAAAAAUCGGUACCAACAAGCUGAUUAGUGUACCGAUAACAAAGGUAAAAAACUUUAACCACCUUGGACCACAGCCCCAACAACAACAACAACAACAGCAACAGGCGCAACUCGUUUCGGCUCCUACUCAAAGCCAGGCACAGAAAGUGACUGUUCCGCGCAGCAUACAAUUGGUAACGAGAAUACCAAACUCAACUAUUUCUGUAAGCAAUGGGCGAAUGUCACAAGUUGCGUCGUCAUCUUCGCAACAGCAAUUCACUAUUCAACAGUAUCCUGAUUCUAAUAUAAGCUUUGCAACUAGCACAUUAACUAACACCAGUACCAAUACUGGUGGUAGUAAAGCUGUACCCGUCAAGGGUAAAUCGACAGCAUCGUUAAAAAUGAUGCAAAACUCUCCGAUAAGUCAGGUUAGUUCAAAACCUACGGUUGGUAAAGCCAUGAGUGUCAGUCUCAAGAAUGUAAGAACUAAUUCCAAGGGAGCUCUGGCUGGAGUUAACUCGCAGUACUAUGUGAAAAGUUCUGCUAAUGGUACAUUGCAACAACUGGGAACGACCACGUCUAUUUACACGACAUCUCCAGCUCAGGCAGUCUAUCAUAAUCCGACUCCCCAUCCACUUUCUCAACCCACGGCAACUCAUUUUGGAACGACUUCCAACAGUGCCGGAAAGGGUCGGAGUGUAUACAAAACAUCGAAAAAUCAGCUUAUUCAAUUGCAACAACAGCCGCAUCAUUCGCCCCAACGAUUAGUGACACCGUCGAGUCCGGUCAGUGGAAUGUCUCAGAACUCACUGCACGGUGGAACUGGUACUACGAUAAUUCAAGGUAACAAUCGUUAUCAACAAAACUAUCAGUCAGUUGCACAAACUCAGUCAAGCAUAGUCACAAGCAACUAUAAACCAUUGAAUCAUAUCUACACAGGCGUUUCAACGAGUACGGUCUACGAUUCCUCAACUGGUUGCGCAUCCAACGUGGACCAUUCAGUUCCGUCGGUGACGGUCACUGGCUAUAGUUCUACAACGGGCAAAGGUAAAAAAUAUACUGCAAUCGUGAACAACGACGUUACUGUUUCACCCGCGAAAAUAAGAAGUGCCGGUCGAGGUCGCAAUAACAGUCUUUCGGCAAGCUAUCAGCAGCAAGAAAACUCCCCUAUCUAUCAGAGGUAUUCGGCUUCACCGUCAAGAGCUUCGCAGCAGCAGCAACAGCAGCAUACACACCCACUAUCCAAUGCUAUCUAUCAGACGCAUCCGUCUACAUCUGGUACACCAACGGGCAACCGCGACGAUCCACUUUUUAUAAACGGUCAGCAAUUGAGAGAAGAAUCGUCAGCACGUAUUCUACAAGGUUUAUCGAGUAAAACAAUCGACAGUGGAAAGUACAGUUAUGGCAAAUCCCAGCAAACAUUCAGUUUCUACGGGUCGGACAAUGUUCCUCAAACCUCCAGUACUAACAUAACAAACGCUGGAAUUGUUAAUCCACCCGCUUCAGUUGUGUAUGAUCCCAGUGAUUCUCGGUUUUACGAGGAAAAAUCCGAUGGCAGACAGUUGAGCUCUUCGGAAAUCAUCACAUAUGCCGACAACAUCCCACUUCGUGAAGGUUAUCCACCUUCCUACAACUAUAAUCAUCGAGAUGACGAUGAUCAAAUUGGUGUGGAAGUACGACCAGCUCCAGUUGAUACUACCAAUGGAAGGUAUCAUGUACUGCAAGCGGUUCUUCAAGACCAUACCUACUGUGCCUCAAUUCCGGAGCCUAAACUACCAGAGCCACCACCACAUUCAGUGAAGGAACUAUUUCCUUUGAAAACAUCAACGUCACUGCAAAAUCAAUCUACACAAUCGAUGACGAGUACCGUUCACCUGUCUCAAUCAUCGUUAAAACUGCAGUCCAGUUUGUCAUCUUCCUCUGGUGGUACUAGUAAUGCUGCAGCAGUUUCGUCGAUGGCACAAUCACCAUCGGCAGCUGUACUUCCAGGAACUACUAUUGCAAUUCCUACUGCAUCUGUACCGGCUCCACUUACUCAGAUGAGCUUAAGUACACUGGCAGCUAUAACGGCACCAGCAACUAACAGCAGUGGUGGCAGUGGCAAUGUUUCUGUGACUCCGUUUGUCGGUGGUAGCACUUUAGACUAUUAUCAACGGCAAUCGGUGGCAGCAUCGUCGGCGUCUGCGCAGGAUGACGAUGCCAGCUCGGUGAUUAGCACCGGUUCUCGAAAUCUCAACAGUAUGGACAACGAUUUGGGUGAGGAAACUGAAACGGCUCCGGAGGGUGAGGGCGAGGACGAUUCAGUCACUCGUUGUAUCUGUGAUUUGACGCAUGACGAUGGCUACAUGAUAUGCUGUGAUAAGUGCUCAGCCUGGCAACACGUCGAUUGUAUGGGUAUCGAUCGAAUGAACAUCCCGGACGAGUAUAAUUGUGAAAUGUGCCAGCCUCGACCAGUGGACAAAAACCGUGCACGUUUGUUGCAAUUGGAGAAACGCAAGGAGCAAUCGUUGUUCCUAGCAAACAACAAUCUUCAGUUACCGCUUGUCGAUUCCUCUGUAAAUAAUUCCAACCCUGUCAGUGCUACCGGUGGAGUAGUAUCCAAUUCCGGUGGAAAAGGUGCCAACCAAUACACAACCGGGAAGUCAGUGACCGGUUCAAAGAAGAAUAAAUCCGCCAGCAGUUCAAAGAAAAAAUCAGCGGAAAGUUCUUUUGUAAAGAAAAGCAAUAAGAAAGCAAACGACAGUGCAUUGAAUCGAGUCAAUGGAAAACGGAAAGAGUUGAAGAAGCCAUCAAAGAAGAAAGUCAAAUCCAAUGAGCCAAAUGCCGAGAAAAUGACCAACAUGAUCCGAACCUGGAUCGAUAACUAUGAGCGUGCCAUCACAAACCAUUACUCUCCGGAACUUCGUGCACGACUGCAAGCUUUCGGGAAGAUGCAGUCUCAGAAUCCCCUCCUGAACACAGAUCGUCUAAUCCAGCCGUCCACAGUAGUAAAUCUGCAGCAAAAAUGUACCACAGUUCCGCAUGCUGGUGGCAAAAUCCUAAUCAGCACUGGGGAUAUUGAACCAAAUUCGCCGAUUAUUGAGAUACGUGGAAAGUAUAUGCUCUCUUCUCAACACAAGCCUCUGCAGUCGUUGUUCAACAUGGCCGCUAAUGGAAAAUUGGCCAACAACAAGAAUGCUGGUCCAUUCUUGUUCCUGUACCAGAUAACGGCAGGUGGAAUGGAGUUAUGUGUUGACACACGAACUUAUGGCAACGAUGCAAGAUUCAUCCGAAGGUCUUGCCGGCCGAACGCAGAAAUUUUGCACAAUGUCGAAAAGGGAGUUGUGCAUUUGUACAUAGUUUCGACAACGAAUAUCAAAGCGAACACUGAGAUAACGAUCAAGCAUGAUGAUCAGUUGAUUCAAAGGGUUGGCGGAAUUGUUAUUUUAACGCAUACGACGGUCACAAACCUGUGUGCCUGUGGUUUAAUCAAGGAAUGCCAAUAUUCAAUGCAGUUAAGUGAAGGACUGUUCCCGGUGAAGGUUACUCCUGGCGGUACGAUUGGUUCUGAUCUGAAUAGUAGCGGAAUGGUACAGCUUGGACCGGGAGCUGUUUCUACCACCGGACCAAAUAAACCUUCGAAAAACAAGAAAAACAAUGGUGCUUUAAGAGAUAGUGACAAACAACCGGUUAAGAAACGCAACAGCAGAUCUACGAGUUCCACUGUCGAAACACGAUUGAGAUCAAUUUCCUCCAGUGGUGAUAGUGCAAACGAACUGAUGCUUUACGCUCAUAACCAACAGCAGUCACCGCGUCAAUCAUCAUUGUCACAGCAAUUGGUAAUGGGACAACCGCCUUUAUCUCCUAUUACUGCUCAAUCUCAGUUUCCUCAAAUGGCUCCACAGUUAGUUUCUCAGCAGAAUUCAAUGCAUUACAUGCAUCAACAACCUCAACCGCAUCAGCAUCAGCAACAGCAACACCAUCAAGUACAAGUACAACAUAAACAGCAACAACCAGUGUCCAUGGGUCAUCCCUCGGUGGCACAAUCACAACCGGUGUACAUGUACAGUCCUUCGCCAACUCAUCAGUCGCCGUCUGGUAUGCCCAUUUCUCAUCAACACAACUAUCCAGUGCACCCACAAACACCGCCUCCAAUGAGUCCCGUGAUGGGAUUAACCAGCCGACCUGGUUUCUAUACGGAAAUAAAAUCUCCACUCAAGUCACCCCCUUUGAAUCUGAGUGGUCCUCCACCACUGGUGAUUCCCGCAAUGCCCUCGCCAAGUAAACCCACAACGAACACUUCGCAGGAACAUCAGUUUUUACCAGUUGUCACAAGUCCUGUCCCUCAACCGACAUUAGAAGAACAACCUCGUUCGGAAUUGAUUCAACACCAGCAGCAGCACUGUCAUCAACAGCAACACAUUAUGGAAGAUGUGUUGAAGAUAAGGAUAAAAUCUCCGACUGCUAGUCCGGUGAAGCAAGAAUCAAUUAAAUCGCCAGCACCAAUCUGCAUGCUGUCUCCUCCUCCUCCGCCUGUUCCAAUUACACAACGAUUACUCAGUGCGGAAACGUUGAAAAGUGAACUAUUCCAUUCCCAUUUUCAACAACACCAACCACCGCAAAUGCAUGUGCCUCCACUGCAUACAUUACGAGAAUUGCCAGUACAACAACCACCACCACCACCACCACCGCCGCAGUCACCGGUUAAAGUUGAAUGCAUGCCGCCAAAGGUGGAUGUUAAACAGGAACCACUUUUGUUGUCUCCACAACGUUGUACUGUUCCAAUCAUUCCAUCGACCGAUUUCGUUGAAGUCAAAGAAGAAAAGGAAAUUAAAAUCGAACCACAAGCAGUAAAAACAGAAGUUCAGAUGGUGCCAAAAGACGAGCCUAUCGAAGCAAAAUCACCGAAGAGAGAAUCUUCUCCGAUGCCAACUGAUAGAGAUGAAAAUGAAGAAGAAAUCUCAUCACCACAUGUCGCGAGUAGCACAACGUUAUCGAGUAGUGCCACGAAUUCCCCAGUUAAAUCUCAGACGGUUACAGCUGCGACAACACCAACAACAGCCGAGAAGAACAGCAGUAACAGUAACAACAGCUCUCCUCAUUCCACUACGCUUAGUCAGACCUGUAGUGGCAGUAAAAAGAAAAUAAGUACCUGUUCAAAGGACACCGAUGUGGUGAAAGAGGAAAAGAAGCCCUCGAGAAAGCUAACUCGCGAAGAACGGAAGAUGGAAGCAAUUGUGAAGGCAUUUGAAAAGAUGGAACAGUCCCAGCAGCGGAAGCAGGAACUUAAAGAGCAACGCAAGGAAGGCAAACGAAGAAGUGUGUCUUCGUCAACUCCAGACGAAUCUGGUGGAGUUCCUGUUGCUUCAGGAACCGUUUCGGCAAAAAAACUAUCUAUUAGUUCACAAAAACGGAAGAAAAAGAAAAAUAAAUCACUAAGCCAACAUUUCGGAUCUCCCAAUCAAAGCCGUAAAAAGAAGGUAUCGAAAACGUCGAAAUCAUCACCGAAAAAGAAUGUACACACGAGACCAGUUUCAUCGGAGCAGGGAAAUAAACGAUUGCACGAUAGCCAAACAGUUCAACAGCAGCAGAAUAUGUCGAAUUCCAUCGAAAAACUUGACCAGAGUUCUUUUUUUGGCGAUGAUGUUAAACCGAUUUCUGCUGAUGACACUACGGCUACUACUGCAGUUAAAAGUAGCAACGAUGAAGAGAGAGAAGUAUCAUCGGCCCCAUCGUCUAUAGCUGGCAUACCAUUGAUCAGUUCCGCUUGUAUGUUGGUGGAAGCUGCUGUUGGGCCAUUGGAACAAGCUACCAGUACGACACCAACUGAGCAGGAUUUCAAAUUUCCACAGAAAGCGAAAACUAAAAAGAGCAUGAGUCGAGAAUGGUUAAGUGGACAGUCGUGUGGAGAUUUACCACUGGCACCGAGCCGACGAAUCACAGCGGAUCAUGACUCAGGUUACUUAAGCGAGGAAAAAUCGGUUGAAUAUCGACGGGUUAUGGUUGAUGAAGUAAUCGCUACUCCCCUUGGAGUUGAUGUUGGAGAACCUAAUAUUUGCAUCAUGGCAAAAAAGGUAGAGGAAUUCAUCGCUCAAAAUUCUCCACAGUCAGACGAAGUCAGUGGACACAAGUGGGACGACAAAGCAACUGCAAGUAUUGCAAACAGUCAAACACCGACAAGUGGAGGAAAUGUAUCGGAAAGUGCCUCGGUAAAAAAACGUUGGCUAAGGCAAGCCAUAUCAGAAGAAACCGAUGAAUUGAUACAUGCUUCAAACUCACCUCCUCCUCCGAAUGGAUUUACGACACCACUCAAGAAGCGACGUGUUAUUCGGCAGUCGGAUGAUGAACCACAACCAAAUGCGAUUUUAUCAGCUCAACAAAUUGACUUUACCGGUGGUCACGUUCAACUGCAGCAACAGUCUCAGCAAUCCCAACCGAUGCCAAUCAGUCCGCAGCAAUCAUACCAUGAAACUAGUUUGUACUGGUCCAACUCUGGUCCUCCUCCUCUGGCAUAUUCAACACGUUCUCAUCUGUUAACUGAUGAAAAACAAGCCAUUGAUCUUUCCAGAACUGCCCCAGUUCGAGUAUCGCAUUCACCCCGGAUUCAACCAUACAAAAUUGUUCCUAUCGCGCAAGCUUUAACACCACUACACUUCACCAAUCCAGAUCCACUACCGGUCACGCCGGCAACUACAGUUUCGCCGUCAGCUGUGGUUCCACCACCUGUGAUAGUACAAAAUCACAAUCAGACGAUCGUCCAUGAAUCUCGUUCAAUUCGAACACUUUCUACGCAUGGUUAUGAGCCACUUCCAGUUCCGGCACCAUCGGCAGUGGCGGCAAUGGUACCGGCCUCUCUCAUUCCACCGGAACUACAAACAACAUUAGCACAACCGGUAAUGCAACAUCAUCAACAACAACAACAACAGCAUGCUCGAAUAGAUAUGAGCUACUCGAACUCGUAUCAACAGAUCAACAACCCAAGCCCAGCAGUUACAACAUCAAAUAAUCCCAUCAGAAUUAUUACUCGCAGUAAGGGCAGCCAAAAGUAUAUCGGCAGCCCGGCUAAAUUUCAAUCCACAUCACCUGCAGACUCACAAAGUAGUUGUUCAGUGACAGAAACACCCGAGAAAUGUUCCAGUGUUAGUAAUGAGAGCCGUUGUAAUUCUGAUAUUGAAGAAGAUCAGUCUUCCACGAAAGUGACUGCUGACCAGCAGGUACCUAUGCUAUAUUCAGAACCGUCACCGCUGGAGGUCCCAAUGCAAACAGAUUCUCAGAUCAAGGUAAAAGAUGAAGAAGAAGCUGUCAGGUAUUCGAAUGAAUCAUCGGUACCAGUUUGUAACGAUGCGGAAAUGGCCAACGAAAGCUCUUCUAUCGUACAGGAAGAAAUUGUUGGAAAAGAAAUUUCAGGCCAGGAAGAACAAGUGGUUAUGACUGAAAUACUGGAUGAGCAGGACGUGGAACCAUUGGAGGCCAGUGGCGAAAUGGCAGCGAAUGAUGCAAGCGACUUGUUCGAAUCACAAGGAGAUGAACCGAUUGAAGUUCAGAAUAGGCUUACUUCACCGUCAUCUAUGGAAGUAUCGCUCACCUUGCAUGCCGAAACUAUUGAUAAGGAAAACUCACGGAACGGUAAGGAAGAUCCACCAUGUUUGGCUGGGCAUGGCUUGACUAAAAAUCGGGAUGAAAAUGAACUAGAAGACCUACAAAAGGUGAUUGCAUCGUUCCAUUCGGAGAACAUAAUGAAUUUGAUUUCCAGAAACAGAAAGGCACAUAAGAGCAUCAACCGGGAAAACAGUGACGAUGGAAAACAGUGUUCAAAAAGAAGGCAGUUGAAGACUAAACAUACCAUCAAUAAUUCUCCUUUGUCAUCGCCCGUAUCAUCGAAAUUUACGAAUUACGCAGAAUCAGAGGCAAUGGAAGACGGUCCAAUGAUUGCAGAGGCAGAACUAACAACAACAAUCGACACUCCUGCAGCAGCUCCCGCAACAGUUCAUGUACCGGUAGAAGAACACGGUUCAGCAAUACCCACCCUCACCCGGUCAUAUUCGCACCCGUCGUGGCUUUCUGCAACAGGGACCUACGGUGAAUUAACGGUAGAGGAGAGAAAUUUUUCCACCACUCUUCGACCUGAUAUUCCUUCGAUCAGUUACAAUUCACCCAGCACGUAUCAGUCGACUGCUGCUCGGAACCUGCUGUCAUCACUUUCAGUAGGUUCGGAACCACUAUCCACGUUGGGAUGCUACCGUUCCAGUGUUCUUGAUUAUCCAAAAUCGUCCCUUACAUCGGGGACUUCCGUGGGAGGAGCAAGUGGCAUCUACCAGUAUCGUCCUUCAACUGAAAUUAGCACUUUACUAGAGAAAGGUUUCUCUAGUUCACGUCCAACGAGUUUUUCUUCGUUAUCAGGCUCAAUACUAGGAACGGAACGUAUCAAUAGCGCAUCCAGUGUCUGUAGUAGUAAUUUGUUGUCGUCAUCAUCUCUAACUUCGACUGAAAAUCUGUCUACCCUCGGAGGAUCUAACAGUACAAGCUAUCCUAAAAUUUUUACCAAAACGGCAAGCUCGGAUCCACGAUUGAAUCCUGCAUUGACAGUGCCAGAACCACCUGCACCUAUCACUCCGAAGCGGAAAUUGUCCAUCAACGAAUAUCGUAAGCGAAAGUUGCAAUCCUGCACCGCCACGACAACAACCAUGGCUUCUUCAUCCUCGGAUUGCGUUCCUGCAAAUGCUACCUCAACGUCAUCCGCAUCGUCUAGUGGAAGUAACAGCCGCGACGGUUGCACAGGAGGUAAUCUGAUCACUAGCAGUCUGGAAAGUAGCGAUGUUAGUAGUUCCAUCAGUAAAGAAUUGAAUCUCGAACUUGAGCUGGAGAUGAGCAAAUCGGAGGAUGAGGAGGAUGACGAUACUGGUAGGAAAAGUGGUGAUAAUUUUGUUGACGGCUCAACGGUAUCCACGGCGGUCUCGACAUCAACGGGCACUGCUUCAGUGAUUACCGUUGGCGGAUCUGCAGAGCCAAGCCCUAGUGAAGAUGUCGUGUGAACGGCAGUGUUCGAUAAAUCGUUUACCCAGCGAAGAUGCGGGAUAUAAACGAUGUCUGCCGGAUGACCAAACUGUGCCUAGCUGAAACACGGUGUUCAAGAUGUGCUGUUACUCAUUCUGACUUAACCAGAUUACACACAGUUGACUGCAAUCAAUGACCGAUCGUUGAGCAAAUCGAGUGAGACGGGCAAUGCUCGAAGCAAACAAAAAGCAUCCUUCCAAUGAGCCAUACACUAAUCGCAGCAACUGUUCCCCCAGUCAGCAGAGGAACUUACUUGGAAUGGUGACAACUCUCAAAUUUAAGUUAUUAAACUAACGAAGCUAAGGUAUGAAAGACGCUGGUAGUCGAAUUCAGAUUAUGUUUUAGUCAACGGUCAGAAGAAGCAACUUGAUACUACUUCCUAUAGCCGUAAGAUCAACCGGAACCGCAGCAGAAAAGGGUACAGAUGGGAAUUUGUUUAUUUAUAACAAGUGUACUAUUAGAAUCCGAUAGAAGAAAACUCAUGUUUAGUGUAACAUAUUGCAUAUGUAUAUAAUUCUCGAAAUAACUCCGUGAGAAUAAAUUAACCUUCUUUUAUUCCUUUCCAUUGCUUCAUUACAAAGUCCUAUGAAUUGAGUAAAAUUAUAUAUUUAGCCUCAAAUCAAUAUGUAAUUCAAACAGCUGUACAGAUUUUAAGAUUGGGACGUUUGACGAUUAAAUAAGUUUAUCGGAAUUCGUUUUUCUAAUGCGGAAACUAACGCAUAUACGUAGUAGAGAAACUUUGUAGUUUAUUGAGUAGAAUCUAACAUAAUGAAAGCAUUUUUCCCCUGCGAACACACAAAAAUUGCACAUGGAAAGAUUCAACGCUUACGUUCAGUACACUAAGCGGUGAAGGUACGAACCCAAAUAUCGGAAAACCACAUACACACACGAGCCCAUAUUUCCUUUCUCUUCUUUUUAGCAUAUUGUAUUUUGUAAAUAGUUUGAGAAAAACAAAAAAAAUCGUUAAGACUGAUAACGAGAGUUGUGAAGCUGUGUAUUUUGUACAGUAGAAUAGAAGUCCAAAGAAGAGAAAAAAAGGCAUGAUCUAACAGAAAUUGGGCACUGUGUGUAGAAACAAAACUCAGCAAGUACAGUUAGCUAUCUGCUAUAUCUUUUGUAAAUUGAAUUGCUUUCUUUCUUCAUCGACCUUCUAUAUAAAUGUAUUUAUAUAUCCUUUCUCUAGAGAACCCGGUGAAACAACCAGUGACAGACAUAUGUAAAAGUGUGCUUAAAUCGCAAAACAUUCUCAAAAACCCACCCGUUGUGAAAAACGUUCAUUUGUAAAUAGCUGUACAGUCUUUCAGUCUAUCGGCAGCGAAAGUAACAAUUACGCAACGCCACUAACGCUACUUUUGUAUAGAAAGCAAAAUGUAAAUGUGGCGAUAUUGAACAUAACACAAAAAAAAUUAAA